AUGGCUGGCGACGAAACAUCGGACAAUGCGCCUUGCACGUCAAAAACUUUCUCAUUUUUUGAUAAUUCUAACACAUUCGAAUUCGUCGUUGAUUUCGAGAAACUCACCAUCGACGUUGAUGCGAAACGUCCCCAACCAACGCAAAUGCCGGAUAACAAAUGCGUAAUUUUUCGAACACCAAUUCAUAAAACUGGCCGCUACGCACCAUACAAGUGCCCUAUUAAUAGCAGGUGGAAACAACGACCAAACGAAGAACAAAAGGAACCCGAAUAUACAAUUGAAAUUCUAUUGCCCGUCGUUUUAAAAGGAGACGUUGAACCAUUAAAGCUGUGCCUUAUCGAUAGGAAGGAUUCGGUGACGCCGUGCAGUGUUCAAGCGGCGCGUCCGCCGUCGCCCGACGACGACGUCGACGAGCUCACCGAGUACUUCGAGCAUUUCGUGCGCGUCGACCUGAAAAUGUCGGCGUUGGCCGAAUCCAUGUAUGUCUGA